AUGACAAAGGCAGAAUUCUGCUUCGGAAACAUUCUAUUCGGGACAUUCGGUCUCGUCCUGACGACAUGUGGCGUCGCACUUAUGUGGGAAUACAUGGAAGACUGGGCGGGCGGAAUUGAAGGCGGCUUCGACAAUCCUGGCUCGAGUGAAUAUGGCAACUUUCACGUUUUAUUUAUGCUUUUUGCCUUUUUCCUUCCCUUUGCCAUCGGAGCGGCUUCAUUCAGGCUUUUUACGUUUGUUGACCGCUCGAUUGCCAAGAUUUUUCACGCUGUCUUCAAUACAAUCGGCUUGGGCGGAGCUAUCGCUGGAUUUUAUAUUGAAUACGACACGAUCGAGAUCAAUGGCUACGACCAUUUCAACUCCGCGCAUACUUACAUGGGCUUGCUCACUCUUGCCCUGUACCUUUUCCAGUGGAUUUCGGGACUCGUUCUCUUCGCCAUCUGUAUCCCGUUCAAGGGAACUGUAAUGAGCGCCAUCAAGAAGGGCUGGCUGCCGAUUCACCGGCUCAUUGGCCAGGCGCUCUUUUUGUUCUUGAGCGUGACGAUCGUUUUGGGAAUGAUGAUGAAGUUCGUCUACACUGGAUUCAUGGCCGACCCCGACCAGUUCCGACUCUCGAACAUUGUCAUGUCCUACUUCGUCGUCGGCGUUUGCACUUACGGAACUUAUCUCAUCACCGGUAUUUUCCAACGAAAAGAAAAAAGCCAAGCUUCAACAGCUUCUUCGGCCGCUUAUGUGGAAACAAACGAUGCUUUUUCGCCGGAUACAACAGUGAAGAUCUAA